AUGGUACGGAAAGAAGAGGUCCAAACUUUACUGAAGGCAUUUACAAAAAAUGAGGUCCUGGGGAUUGAUGGAAUACCAGUUGAGAUGUUUCAACAAAUCAAUGUGGUGCUGGAAGCUGUCACUCGUCUAGCAACUACACAAUCAGACACCAUCGUGAAUCUGACUGCUUAUGAUAAGCCUGUGGUCACCUCCAUGUGGGGCAAGGUGAACGUGGAAGAAUUUGGUGGUGAGACCCUGGGCAGGAUGCUGGUCAUCUACCCACGGACCCAGAGGUUCUUUGAACACUUUGGGGGCCUGUCCUCUGCAGACACUGUCAUGAACAACCCUAACGUGAAGACCCAUGGCAAGAAAGUGUUAGUCUCCUUUGUUGAGGGCCUGAAUCACCUGAACAACCUCAAGGGCACCUUUUCCCAGCUGAGUGAGCUGCACUGUAACAAGCUGCACGUGUGUCCUAAGAACUUCAGGGGAUCUAUAGAUAGGGAGCUCUUGUGUCUCACAGGAAGAGUUCAAGGGAAAUUGGAAAAUGAAGGGAACCAUACACAGCUGCUAAUGGAACAAUUCUAUGUCUAA